AUGGAGUAUAGUGAUCAUCAUUCUACUGGAACAUCGGAAGAUAUCAAUGAUGACAAGAAUGUCACCACCGCUGCUGACCAUUCUAGACGUCGUCGAAAUGUUCGACCGAAACCAAGACCGAGAUCCGGCAUACGGGUCAGAAAAUCUAAUCGAUCUAAUUCACUGUCUCGUAACUCUUUUAAUGGACAACCACAACAACAUAUAACGUCAAGUGAUACAAGAAAAAGUAAUUUACCUCCAGUUAAUACUGUGCACAGAGACGUAUAUAAUUAUGAUCAAUAUGAUCAUCAAUUGCCCUCAUCAUCCUCUUCAGUGUAUAAUAAUAACGUUUACGAGCGUAAAGACAUUGAUUAUCACAAUAAUAUGUAUCAACAAGAUGGUCGAGUAAUAGAGGAGGAAUAUUGGAAACCACCGCCAACUCGGCCGCAAAAUAGACGGGUUUCCACCAUGCCAACCUCCGCAUCAAUAGAUCAGCGAAUAUCUGACUACAAAAACAACAAAAAAUUAGAGCAACGAAGCUUACAGAUGCAGUGGCAAAACUUACAAUGGCAAAAUUACAUGGCCGAAACCGAGAAUAGAAUUAAAUCCCUUGAAAAAGAAAACAAAAGGAUCCUCGAUAAGUCCAGCGUGCUUCAGACACGUAGUGAGAACCUCAGUCAAGAAAUCAUUCAACUCUCGUCCGAGAAUCGGAAACUUGUGCACGAGAUUCAUGAUCUGAAAUCGAGGUUAGAGAACAGAAAGCGAGAGAAUUCAUUCCUGGAGAAUGAAUGCAGUAGACUUUCGAAUGAAUGCAGUAAGCUUUCGGGUGAUUGCAAUAGACUUUCGAAUGAAUGCAAUAGACUCUCGAACGAAUACAAUCAACUUUCGAGUGAAUCGCAAGCAGAGAAUCAACAAUUGAAGAUGGAAAGGGAUAUGUGGAUGCAAAGAUCCGGCAGUGCUGAUUUACUUGCUCAGAAUCUAUCCAAUGAGAAUCGAUUAUUGAAGAUUGAAGCUACGAAAUAUCAGUCCGCUCUUGGAAAAGCGAUGAAUAUUCGAUUUGAUGAUAAUGAUAAUAAUAGCACGGUCAACUUGAUAAAGGAUAUUACUGAAUUGCAACACACGUUAAGAUAUUUUUCCCAAUUAAAAGGGAAAGAUAUUAAGAUUAACGAGGAGAAUGCUUUGAAUUUAUUGCAACAAUAUGAUUGCCAAUGUGAUGACCCUCAACAGAACAAACCAAUGUUGAGCGCUGUCUUACAACGACAUAUCUUGGAGAAAAUAUUAAAUGAGGCAGCCGAAUUUUUUCAACCCAAUGAUUCUAAUAACGAUGACAAGAAAGAUUGUGAAGACAAUAAGCUCGAAAAAUAUGUUGUUAACAACGAAGUUGUUAUAGACAAUAAUCUCGAAAAAAAUUCGGAUAACAACGAAGAUGAUAAAAAAGACAACCAUCUCGAAAAAAACUCGGGUAGCAACGAAGAUGAUAAAGACAACAACCAUCUCGAAAAAAAUUCGAACAAAGAAGAUGAUAAAGACAACCAUCUCGAGAAAAACUCGGCUAGCAACGAAGUUGAUAAAGACAACCAUCUCGAAAAAAAUUCGAAUAGCAAUGAAGAUGAUAAAGACAACAAUCAUCUCGAGAAAAAUUUGAACAAAGACAACGAAGAUGAUAGAGACAAUCAUCUUGAAAAAAAUAUCAAUCAUUUGACUAACAACGACAAGGAAGACGGAGAAGAUAAUAAUCUCGAAAAAAAUGUUAAUACUCCUCACAACAAGGAAGAUGAAGAUAAUAAUCUCGAAAAAAAUAUUGUGACUCUCACUAACAAUAACGAAGAUGACAAAGUCAAUUAUCUCGAAAAAAAUAUAGUCAUUAAGACAAAAGACCUUAUCAGUAUGAUUCAUAAAUUCGUGGAAACGCGACAUGGAGUAGAUAAUGUGUCUGCGGUAACUCCUAUUCAUCUUCGUCAACAAAUCUACGGAUUAUUAUCAAACAGAGGAUUCGCAACAACGCGGAAUCCUCACCCAUUCCUCAGUAAUUUGAAGGCUAAAGUAAUUGAAGAGAUCAACAAAUAUCGCACCAUCAUCAAUGAAACACGAAAACAAGAACAAGAACGUCGGGCAGAAAAUCUGGUCAUUGAAACGUUACGUAUCUUCUGUUUUCGUCUAUACGCUCAAGAACCACCUGCUCAAUAUAUGUGGAUUGAGGCUGGUAGUGAAGUCAAGCCUAACAUGAUGGAAGGUCCGGAAUUGGGCGGGGAUGAGGAUAAUUUAGAAGUGGAAGUUUGCUCAUUUCCCGUAAUUGGUGUAAAUAGUAAUGAUAAGGAUGACGCUCACCGACAAAUUUACAGUAAAGCUAAAGUUUAUACACGUGAGCGUAAGAGUAAUAGCGAGGAUCAUGUGGUAACGGAAGUGAUUUCAGAUGCACCACCUCAGCCU